AUGAUAACCAGUCCCUUUUUGUUGGCAGAAGACGAGGAGCAACAGGAGGAAGAUGAACCGCUUGCUGAGGAGCAAUUGGAAGACGAGAGACCUCUUGAGCGUCCAGAAGUCGUGAUAGAAGAAGAAGAAGAAGAAGAAGAAGAAGAAGAAGAAGAAGAAGAAGUUGAAGAAGAAGCAGAUCUGGAGGACGAGGCUGAGCCAGAACCUGCAGGGCCACCAACGAGGUUCAGCUGCAUUGCUGAAAAGCUCUUUAAGAAAGUCAAGCCCCAGAAAGAGAAUCGCGCCACUUCGAUCUUCGACCGGCAAGCUGGCGCGCGGAGCCUUGAAUUUGGGGACGGCUUCGAUUCUCAGCCAACUCCGGGUCCUUCCACUAAGGACAAGGGCAAGCAACGCGCACAGCCUUCAUCAAACAGGAAACGGUCACGGCCAGCGGAAGUAGAGUCUGAAUCCGAGGACGAUGCAUUUGAGACUGAAGAUCGUACCGCCCGGGUCCAAGAGCGUCGUCAAAAAGCACCAGUUGCGAAGAAAGUCCGCAUCGAUCCUACAUCAUCUGCCGCGCCCACAAGUCACCAACCUCGGCCGCGAUCUGAAGUUGACGACGACGUUCUUAGACUGCCCAGGCGAAGACCCACUCAGGAUGAGUCUAUUUCUGAAAACGAAGCGCCUGAUAUGACAGAAGAAGCACCACCUUCCACUUACCAGGCUCAACGCAAACUUGCAAAGCAGAACAUCGCUGCGCCAACCCUUGCUCGCCGGAAUGAGAGGAAACAACGUACGGACUGGACGACUGAGGAAGAAGAUGCUUUUGCACAGUACAUGAGCUUGUUUCCUGCGAAGUACUCUGCUAUAUUGAGACAUGAUGCCGAUCAUGGAUACAAUUUGCUGCAGGAGCGCACGCAGGUCAAUCUCAAGGAUAAGGCGAGGACUAUGGCGAUCAACAUGAUUAAAUCUGGCACCGGACUCAUGACUGGCUUCGAGGACAUAGUGAAGCCUAGCAGCGUUCAUGGGCAGGCACUGCUCGCACAGGGGUUCACAUGGUAA